AUGCAUACCACUACAAAAAGCGACAAUUUUGUGUCGCUUCAGGAGAUCCAGGUCGGACUUGAGCAGCUUUUAAUAGAUGCGGAAGACUUUGACUCAUGGUCGGGUGCAAUUCGCGACAGAAUGACCCAAAGGCGUAUGUCACCACCGACAAGAGUUGUUGCCGUGCAUAUGAUUUUUGAGGUGGCCAUUACGGUCUCUUCUCUGAAUACGGUGUCUCAAAAUGUUAGUGUUUAA